AUGAUUUUAAUGGGAAAGUUUCUAUCCUUGUUGAUGGUGACGAUCGCCGUCGUUUCCGCUACAACAGACGAUCAUCGAGUCACUAUCGUGAGAGAACCUGAGCAUACCUCUAGCGUGAAAUGGACCGGUGGAUCGUUCGAGUGGCCAUGCACCGCCACGAAAAACAUGUUCAAGAACGGUGGACGUUACAUCUCGAAGAACGUGAUCGCCACAAGGGCCGUGAUUAGCAAGGACGACGCCAUUGUGGCUCUACCCAGAUUCAAGUCCGGAGUGCCAGCAACUUUGGCCAAAGUGUCUUUGAACGAGAAAGGCUGUGAAGCCAAUCUGGUUCCUUAUCCCUGCUGGUCCGUACAAGAAGAGGGAACCUGUAGCGCGUUGCAGAACGCGGUAGACCUUUAUUUGGACCCCCAGAACAUCCUUUGGGUCCUCGACACUGGAGUGGUGAACACUCUGGAGGAACCUGUACGCAAAUGUCCGCCGAAAGUCGUUGCUCUGAACGUGAAUACUGGAAAGCUGGUGAAGACAGUGGAGCUGACUGGUCUAACAAGUCCGACGUCCCGUCUCCAAUACGUGGUGUCGGACUACAGUCCGGACGGACGGGUGUUCAUCUACGUGUCCGACGCUGCCACGCGAGCAAUCCUAGUCUACGACGUGACUUCCGGCCGUGGUUAUCGCGUUGUCUUGCCCCAAGCCAUCGCCGCCGGCUGUACGCGAAGAGACGUUUUGUACCUCGGCCUUCUGCGACGUUCAGACGGAAGCACCUGCCUGGUCUUCACCUACUUGAGCGGAAGUCGCCUCUUCUCGAUCCGUACCGAGCACUUGCGAAAUGGUUCCGCAAAUGGAAGGGUCCACGAUCUUGGCCAGAAGCAAAGAAAAAUGGUAAUCUUGGGUACGGACAAUGGCAGCGCCCUCUUCUUCCGCUACGAGGGCGAACCGGACGUGUACAGAUGGGACGCGAGCACGUCGUUCGAUUCGCGAAACUUCCAACUGGUAUACACCAGCCAGGAGUGCUCACUCGCUACUCACGUUAUUGCUGAUUACAAGAGGAACAGGAUGCGCGUGUUGGAGUCUAACUUUCCGGAUUACAUGCAGGGCACCGUUGGAUGCGGCGCCAACCAAGCGCUUACAGUUAUGUGA